UGUCAGCAGCGAGCGGCUGUGUUUGGCGACAAAAGACGAAUUUUUAAACAAUUAGCGUAAUUUUGUCAGCAACUGUUAUCUGCGGACUUCAUCACAGGAAGCUGUUCUUAAGCGGUGCUGGUGGCUCUGUUUCAGGAGCAGCUGGUUGUGAUGACUCUGCUGCUGCUGUCCGCUGGAGGAAGAGGAAGAGGAAGCAGCUGAUGAUGAUGAUGAUGACAUGCAGUUAGCUGCCUGGCGGACAGACGGACGGACCGACUUGAGCCCACAAACCAGAGCAAGAUCCGGGACGAGCCGAGGCGAGGAUGCCGAGGAGGAAACAGUCCAACCCCCAGCCGGUUAAGUUGGAGUCGGAGGACGGCGCGGUGGCCUGUGAUCCGGGCUGCCUGGUUCUUGAGAGCGACUUCCUGCUGAGCGGAGAGCUCGAGUUCGGAGACUCUGAGAUCAUGGGGCUGGAUAGAGAGUCUGGUAUGACGGUGUUCUCCCUGAGUGUGGAGGACGACCCGUCAGCUCCUACAGACUCCACAUUCCCAGCCUUCCUCACCUGUAAAGGAUGUGGUCAGCUGCUGGGGGACACUCCUCUGGGGGCAGGGUUAGAUCUUGGUGUGGGCCUGGACCUAGGGGCGGAGCUUUACUGUCUCACCUGUGAGGAAGGCCUCCAGCAUGAAGCCUCGGUGGACUUGUCUCAGGUGGAGGGCUCGCUGGAGGCAGCUGACUCUGACGGGAAGAGGAGAGGUAAGACUGGCGGAGCGAAGCUGUACUCCUGCUCGCUGUGCACCUUCACCUCGCGUUACUCAAACCACCUAAAGCGCCACAUGAGGACCCACGACGGCCAGAAGCCGUACCGCUGCCCUGUCUGCCCCUACGCCUCCACCCAGCUCGUCAACCUGCAGCGCCACGCCCGCACCCACACCGGGGAGAAGCCCUACCGCUGCCACCAGUGCAGCUACGCCUGCAGCUCUCUUGGCAACCUGCGAAGGCACCAGCGCAUGCACGUGCAGGAGAGGCCACAGAGACGGGAGAAGGAGAAACGCAGAGGGAGGAGGAAAAAGGCAAACGCUGACACUGAAGAAGUGGUGUCAGACCUGACCCUGAGAGUGUCCCAGGACUCGGGGUACCUCCAGACGCUGGGCGGCCUAGGCUCUCCCUCCGCCCCGCUCCCUGUUCUCCUCUUCCCCCUGUGCUGCCGGGUGUGUGGCCUCACCCUGGAGGAGGCCGACCUGGAGGGAGACAAGGCCGAGGGGGAGGGGGACGGCGACGGAGGACAGGUUUGUCGUCGUUGCUCUCUGGACCUGCCGUCCAAAGACGGGUCAGGGUCUCGGGGGUCACGGCGGGGUCAGCGUGGCACGAAGCUGUACCACUGCCCUCACUGCCCCUUCCUGUCCCAUUACCCCAACCACCUGGCCCGCCACGCCCACACGCACUCUGAGGAGAAGCCGCACCGCUGCCCGCACUGCCCCUACACCUCUUCUCACCUCGACAACCUCAAGCGGCACCUGCGUGUGCACACUGGCGAGAAGCCCUACCAGUGCCCGUCCUGCAGCUACGCCUGCGGGAACCUCGCCAACCUGCGGCGCCACGAGCGCAUCCAUUCGGGCGCCAAGCCGUUCCACUGCGGCGUGUGCGGCUACUCCUGCAACCAGAGCAUGAACCUGAAGAGGCACAUGCUGCGGCACACAGGCGAGAAGCCGUACGCCUGCGCCGAGUGCACCUACACCACCGGCCACUGGGACAACUAUAAACGCCACCAGAGGAAACACGGCCACAACACGGACAGCUGGGACAAGCACGCCACGCACGCCAACGGCCUCCGCUGGGGCCCAGACGCUCAGGAGAGCCAGGGACAGGAGCACAGCUAGUGUGUGUGUGUGUGUGUGUGUGUGUGUGUGUGUGUGUGUGUGUGUGUGUGUGUGUGUGUGUGUGUGUGUGUGUGUGUGUGUGUGUGUGUGUGUGUGUGUGUGUGUGUGUGUGUGUGUGUGUGUGUGUGUGUGUGUGUGUGUGUGUGUGUGUGUGUGUGUGUGUGUGUGUGUGUGUGUGUGUGUGUGCGCUACACUGGUGAAGUUAAACUCAGGUGCCUUUGACAGACUGAACGACUGUAUUGCUGCACUGACUUUAUAAAGGGGCAUUAAUGUGUGUGUGUUCACACACUCCUGAGCGACCGGAAUGAGACUUUUUCUAGCAUGUGUGUCAUUAAUCGGAAUCUGCUGAAGUGAAAAGUUUAUUUUUUUUCUCUCCCGCUACAGAAAAUCUAUAUUUUUUAUCUCUCCAGCUUUAAGUUGAUUCAGUGAAUGUGUUUUCAGCGGGCUUCCCUGUGCAAAAUCAGGAUCACUGUCUGUAAAAUUAACGACAGUUAGAAAGAAAAGAAAUCAAAUCUUGAACAAAUAUUUACUCCAGGAACAGUAACGCUGACACCAUAAAUACGUUAGAAUAGAUCAAAAAAUGGAAGUUCAGUCUGAUCAUGAUGUAAGUGGUUGUUUUAAGAUUUAAAAAAGCAUUAAAAAGGGUGAUUCAUUUAAAGAAAUUUGGAAAAAUGUUUUCCUUGCUGUGAAAUGUUCUGAGACAAGUGAGAUAUUGAGAAUAAAGUCAUAAUCUUUUGA